UAAAAAUGAACAUUAGAAAGUGUUUCAUAGCGUUGUUAAUAGUUGUGAAAAUAUUUAUCACCGUUAGUGGUGAAUUCAUCGAACAACCUCAAAUUAAGGCCGUUGACGGAAAAUUGAUAUUUCGUGCUGCACCUUAUCGAAACAUCACACUUCGCCUAAAAGGUGAAGGAGGUAUUUUUCUUAACUCAGUGAAUAUUCUAAAUAAGGUAAAAAAGAGAAGGACGCAACUCGGGCCGGUUCAUAACGAAGAUGUGUUAACUUCAGAAACGCUUCGUUCAUUAUUAGCUACAUUCAAAUCAGAUUUGCAAUCGCUUGGCGUACGUUACGCCGUCUUGCAAAAUCGGACACGGGGUCGAGGUCUGUUAAUCAAUAUACGCCGUAGUUCGGGGCGUGUACAAAGGGCUCAAGCUCGAAUCGCACAAAUCGAAAACAUUGUUCUAAAAAACGAAUGCGAAGAUAAGAGUGACAAUGGUACGAAAUGCAAAAAUGGCGGUACCUGUUACGAUGGCUACAAUAACUUUUACUGUGAAUGUCCAAAUGGGUGGACUGGGAAAACAUGCGAAGAGGAUGUGGAUGAGUGCUAUUUGUUUGCGGGUACCGAUUUAGGCUGCCAAAAUAACGGAGACUGUAUCAAUACUUUGGGAACUUUUAGUUGCUCUUGUCGCAACGGAUUUUAUGGCGCGCAUUGCCGGAUUCGUAAGGCAGUUUGUGAGGAAUCUGGCAAUGAAGAAUUAUGUGGUCAUGGAACAUGCGUUUAUGCAAACAACGAUGCUAGCUACACAUGCAUCUGUGAUCAGGGCUGGACUAAGAAUAAAGUAAUUCCGGAAGCCGCCUGUGAUAUAGACAUAAACGAAUGUGAAAAAGUAACUAAUCCCUGCCAUAGCGAAUGCAUCAAUUUACCGGGUAGCUUCAAAUGUGCUCCAUGUCCCAUUGGCUACACUGGGAAUGGACUAGUUUGCUCAGAUAUUAAUGAAUGCUUUACUGAUAACGGUGGAUGCAGCAUUCAGCCGAAAGUUUCAUGUAUUAAUACAGAGGGAUCUUAUCACUGCGGUAAUUGUCCAGUGGAUUGGAAAGGUGAUGGAAAAAUAUGUGAAAACACUGCCCCAGAAAGUUGUGAAUCCAAAAACAUAUGCUAUACUGGAGCUAAGUGUGAAUAUAUUUCCAAUACAGUUGUCUGUACCUGCCCACCAGGCAUGUAUGGUCAUGGAUUUGGGUAUGCUGGUUGCAGUUUACAGUCAUUAACUGAUCCUUGUACAAAUCAUUCAUGUCAGAAUAAUGCAACUUGUGAAGUAGUGGGAAGCGGUACACUAUGCUUUUGUGAACCGGGCUUCAUGGGUCCCAUAUGCGAUAAACCCGAUGCAUGUCAAUCUAGUCCAUGUCAAAAUGGUGGCACAUGUACUCUUCUGCUAAAUAAUAAGUACCGAUGUUCCUGCCCACGUGGAACCACCGGUCCAUAUUGCGAAAUAGUAAGAAGUAUUUGUGGAUCCAUAAUACAGCAACGUUCGGGAGUGUUAUCUUACCCUCCUAAUGAUGGGAAUUACUUGCCAAAUGAACGAUGUGCCUGGAUAAUACGUACCAAUAUUUCUCAAAUAUUGAAUGUCACCUUUAGUAGGUUUGAUUUGGAACCAGCUACUGAUUGCAACAAAGAUUGGCUUCAGUUACAUGAUGGUCGUUCCUUAGCUUCACGAUUGAUUGGACGCUUUUGUGGAAGUGCUUUGCCUCUGGGCGGAAUAAUACAAACUUCGCAAAAUGCGCUGUUUUUCUGGUUUAGUUCUGAUAAUGAAACGACUGGCGCAGGUUUCAAUUUAACUUGGAACUCUAUGAAUUAUAUUUGCGGAGAAGUGAUUAAUCUCAAAUCAGAAGAAAAUGGAAUAAUACGAUCGCCGGGUUAUCCAGGGAAUACGCCACCUAAUCGGGAGUGUGAAUGGAAAUUGAAUGCGCCAUACGGAUACCGAUUCCUUUUACGAUUUUUCGAAAUUAAUUUAGGUAGUACAAGAGAUAAUAUCUGCACCAGAGACAAAGUGCUUAUAUAUGAUUCGGAUUUGUUAUUAAGAUCAGUAUGUGAACCAUCUCUGGUAGAACCUUUGCACUCUUCUUCUAACGUCAUCCAACUACAAUUUCAUACGGAUACUUUCGGAACAGAUAGCUCAUUUCAGUUGCAUUAUGAAGUUGUACCGUCUGCACCUAACUGUGGCGGCAUAUUUACGGAGCCUUCAGGCGUAAUUGCCGGCUAUAUUAACGGCCGCAUUUGUUCGUAUCUAGUACAACAACCAAUUGGUACAAAAAUUCAGCUAGAUCUUACAAAUAUCGACCUUGUUAAAUCUGAAGGUUGUUACAUACAAAAAGUAGAAAUCUUCGAUGGAAAUACAGAUGAAGCCAAUCUUCUCAAUCGUCUUUGCGGCAAUCAGGAAGGUAUUGAACCACUAACAUCCAGCGGCAAUAUGGUGUUGAUACGUUAUGAAUACCUUUUACCAUCAUUCAGUUUGCCAAAGAGCUUCGAAGUGCAAUAUAAAAGGGUUUGCAAUGAUGAAUUUGUAAGCACUGACGGAGACUUUUUUACAACACCAAACUAUCCAAAUCCUUAUUAUGAGCACAUGGAAUGUACUUUUAUAAUACGAGGGCCAGUAAACUCCGUUGUACACAUUAAUUUUACGGACUUUUCGAUAAGCAAAAAUUAUGCACAGCUGGAGUUAGACGACGUUUCUCCAUCCUUUUUUAGUAAUACUACAACUUUUUGCGAAGACGAAACAUUUGUUGAUGUUUAUUUGUCGAAUAACAACAAACGUCGUUAUUAUGAAGGCACAUUUCUCCAUCUGGUAUCAGAAAAAAAUGUUUUGCGUAUAGUUUUUCAUGGUGGAACCAAUAAACAAAAAGGGAGAGGAAUACGCAUUGAAUAUCAUUUUGAGAAAUUGAAUUGCGGAGGCAUUUUAACUGGAGACAGUGGCCAAUUCCAUCAUAUGGCAACAACACAACAGGCGGCACAGGAUUGUGAAUGGGUGAUCGAAGUACCACAAGGAAAACACAUUCAACUGAAUGUACGUUUUUCACAUUGGAAUAUAUUCAAAUGUGAUCCAGGUGAUGCAGAUAUUGAUAUUUAUUCCAAUGAUACUUCCACUGAAAGUCAACUUUUGAUCAGCUUUUGCCAGCAAACAAAAAUUUUAAGUGAAUCAUUCCAUGCGAAGACUAUUACUGUUAUCCUUCACAUAAACCGCAAGAUACGAUCCCUUGUCAAUCUUAUUGCCAAUUUUAAAGCAAUUGAUAACAACGCAGCUUGUGACGGGAAUUUUACAGCGAGAUACGGAAUUCUCAAAACACCAUCAUGGCCAAGAAAUUACGAUGAUUCAAUGAAUUGUACAUGGAUCAUUAGUGCUCCAAUAGGUCACAAAAUUGAACUUGUUGUACAAAAUUUCAGUGUAGAAACAACAUCAAAAAUUUGUAAUGAUGAUUAUCUAGAGAUCAGGAAUGGUAAAAGUGCAACCUCUCCUUUAAUUGGGAAAUUCUGCGGAAAUACAAUACCCGCACGCUUACCAUCUUUUACAAAUUACCUAUAUCUUCAUUUUGUUUCGGACUCAUAUAUAUCCGAUAAGGGCUUCUAUAUUACAUGGCAGCAAACCGAAACAGGUUGUGGUGGUAAACUAAAUUCGUACACAGGCUCAAUACAUUCUCCUCAUAAUUCUGAUGUAAAUGCUGGAACCGUAUCUUGUGAUUGGGCUGUAACUGUAGCUAGAGGAUCAACAGUAACAGUAUAUAUCACAGUUUUCGGAGAUGACUCGAAUUUAUGCAUCCAAAAUGUUUUAGCUGUAUACGAUGGACAAACUGUAAACAGUCCCCGAUUAAAAUUCAGUUGUACGAACAUUGGUAGCGCUGUACAGUUAACAACUACUUCAAAUCAGGCUUUAAUAAUUUAUAACUUCGAUAAGAGUAAUGUUGAGAAUGGCCUGCAGUUCUUUAUCGAUUAUGAGACUAACUGUAAUGGUAAACUAGACAACUUACAGGGAGUAAUCGAAUCACCUAACUUCCCCGACAACUAUCCGCCAAACUUAAAUUGUUUUUGGGACGUACACGGCGGUCAAAACAAUAAGUUUCAAUUGAUAUUUUCGCAUUUAAACGUAGAAAUUCGAGAUGAAAGUUGCGAUUUCGACUAUGUGGAUGUUAUUGAUUUGCGAAACGAUGACGUACUAUCGAAGCAGCAUUUGUGUUCGAAUUCUCAUAAGUCCAUCACAACUGAAGGAAAUCGGUUUCAAGUCAAAUUUGUUACCGAUUAUUCUGAACAUGCGAAAGGUUUUAGGCUGGAGUACAAACGGAUUGGUUGUGGGGAUAAAAUGACAGCAAAUUAUGGUAUUAUAAAAUCACCUAACGCUCCGUAUAGCAUUGAUAUGAACUGUAACUGGUAUAUUGAAGUUCAGGCAGGGAAAAAGAUUAUUCUUAACUUCGAUGAAAUACAUAUUGAAACUAAACGAGGAGACUGCAUUGAGGAUGGUAUUAUUGUUUCAGAUCAAAAGAAUUCCACUACUAACAUUUUAAAGGAGUGUCGUAUAGAUCAAAUUCCCAUUACAAUAACAUCAACGGCUAAUCACUUAUACAUUCAUUUUUAUACAAGUAGUACAAGGUCGAGGAAGUAUAUUUCCGCCACAUAUAACACUCACGACGCCUCAUGUGGAGGAACCUUCCGCGGUAAUAGCGGCCAAAUAAAAUAUCCGUCUAAUUCGGAUGUCUCUGGUAUAAAUACAGAAUGUGUAUGGCAAAUUAUAGUAGAUAACAGUUAUGGAAUAAAUCUUGCUUUUGAUACAUUUAAUCUCAGUUGUAGUGGUACAUUUUUAAGUGUGUGGAAGCCAAUUGAUAGUACAGAUCAACUUAUACAAAAAACUUGUGGAAACCUAUUACCCGAAAACAGAAGGAUCCAAAGUAAUCGCCUGAAAGUUGUUUACAAAGCGAGUACAGAUAGUUGGGGAAUAUUUUCUUUCAAAUUCAAGCGGGUAUGUGGAGGCUAUUUGGAUGAUACUUCUGGUUAUAUAAAGGCACGUUGGGAUGAAAAUUGUGAAUGGAAAAUUGAAUCCGAAGGCUCAAAGAUUUUUCUCAAUAUACUCCAUUUGGAAUGUGAUUGUUCGAAGCAUACAAAUUGUACAAAUGGCUUAAAAUUAGUAGAUGGAAAUGAUCAAAGCAAAUUAGAUGUAUAUUGCGAUAAUCAUCAGUCCAAUAUCAUACUAUCAACAAGUGCUUUGUUUGUUUACGCCACAAAAAUUGAAUUUAAAGCCAAAUAUAGUAUAGUACAAAGUUCAUGUGGCGGCACUAUUACCUCGCUUCGAGGCAUAUUGACAUCACCAUACUAUCCUCAGUCCUAUCCAUCAAAUGUUGAAUGCGUAUGGGAAAUUAAAGCGUCAUCAGGAAACUACCUUGAGCUGGAUAUUAAUGAAAUGGAUAUUGUAGAAUCCGAAAACUGUAACCAAGACUUCUUGGAAAUACGAGAGAAAAACGAGCUUGGCAAUAUUGUCAAACUAUAUUGCUCUAAUGAAACUGUUACGGAAAAACUAACAAUAUUUGAGAGAGCAUGGAUCAAAUUUCGCAGUUCAAAAAGAAACACGGCGAAAGGCUUUAAGCUACAGUGGAAUUAUGCUCACAACAGUGAACUAAACAGCAGCGUGGGUUCCAUAGAUGCGCCUCCUUUAAAUUCCAUUCGUAAUCAGGAAUCAUACACAUGGAGAAUUUUAUUGACUAGAGGAAGAUUUAUUUAUAUCGAAUUCAAAGAGUAUAAUCGGGGUUUGAGAUUAUAUGACGGUUUCGAUGACUCAGCCUUAGAGAUACCGAUACCCAUUUCUCCCUGGCAAUAUACAUCCAGCAGCAAUGUUUUAUAUUUAGUAAGUAAUAAUGAAGCGUUGGAAGCAUUUAAAAUUGUUUGGAAAACUGUGAACAACAGCAUCACACAAUCCAACCAAACUACAAGUAACUGCAACAAAACAUUUAUUCUAAGUUAUAUGAAUCGCUUAAAUAUAUCUUCACCUGGUUAUCCAAAAGAUUAUACUAAUGAUUUGGACUGCGAAUGGGUAAUAAAGCCAGAAGAUCCCACGGAGCAUGUUGUUUUGAGCAUAUACGACGUUAAACUAGAGGUUUACGGAGAAUCUGAUUACUUGCGUGUCUUUUCAUCCCCAAAUUUAAUAAGCUGGCAUCAAGAACUGAAUAUGUUUGAUAGCAGAAACAAGUCUAUACAGCCAAUUAAAGUUAUACAUGGAACUCCAUAUUUAAAAGUGGUAUUUCACUCUGAUUCUAGCUUUAGUAAUACUGGAUUCACAGCUUUAGCAAAGACUGCUUGCGGAUCAAACAUGACCGGUUUAACAGGGCAAAUACUGAACAAAAGAGAAUUUCGCUCUUGGAGUUCAAAUACGGUUUGCACUUGGCAUAUUGAAGCACAGGUUGGCAAGCGAAUCGUCUUAAACUUUAAUUUCGGACGACAUAUAGUAUCUAAAACGCUGGCGUGUCGACAAUACGCAGUUGUAUACGACGGUUUCGAUGAUAAUGCACCUAUAUUACCACCUGGGCGAAUAUGCAACCAAGAUGGCCGAAACGUUAAAAGUAUGGAGUCUUCAACUAACCGUUUAACAAUAAAAUAUAACUUAAAUUGGACUAAUCUAUUUGAGAUGGAUCUUGACUUCAAUCUGACUUAUCAACAAAUCGGAAGUUGUGAAUCAGAAAUACAACUAACUCAUUACUUACCUUCAGUAAAUAUAAGCUCACCUAAUUAUCCCAAUGUACCGAACCCACAUACCGAAUGCAAUUGGCUUAUAGUCGGUCCCAUUGGCGAAACAUUGCAAGCAGAAUUCAUUAACCGAUUUAAUCUUAAUACUCGAUAUUGUGAUAAAGAGUUUCUUGAAUUUUUCGAUGGCUCCACUGAGUUAUCACGCAGUUUUGGGCGCUUUUGUACAAAACCAAAUCCAAUACGUUCCACAGGAAACAUUCUCCGUUUGCAUUAUUUAACGGAUAUAAAUGAACCACGAAAUGGCUUUCUACUCAAUGUUUCUAUAGCGAACUGUGGGGGCGUUUAUACAAUUUUUAACGGAGAAAUUUCAUCAAAAGAUUACCCUGCACCUGGUGCUUAUCCAAAACCCGACAUUUGUGAAUAUACAAUAAAAUUGCCAAAUCCAUCAAGAAUACGAUUAAAUUUCAGUGAUUUUGAUUUACCUUUCAAUAGCAACAAUUUGAACCGUUCCGAUCGCAUAGAAAUUGUCACGUUGAGUGAGAAUCCCGAAACGAUUGCUGUUUUAUACGGAAAUGCUACUCUUAUGCCAAUCUUAGAAACUGAUUAUAAUCUCAUAACGUUACGCUUUACAACAUUCCCUGGCAGUCAUUUACAUAGAGGAUUUCGAUUAAGAUAUCAGCGGUUAUAUGGUGGUUGCUACCGUGAUGUCAACAACGAGUCAGGUAUUUUAACAUUUAAACCUCAGGAGCGAGCCUAUGGAUAUGCAUCUUGCAGAUGGAAAAUUAGAGUUCCGAAACGGCAACGAGUAUGCUUUGAAUUUGAAAAAUUCGAAACGCAAAGUGCUGUCAAUAAUACAGAGAGAUUUAGAACACUAACACAUCCUUUUGCAAGAACAACAAAAAUAUCAUUUUACAAUGAUUUGGACUUGCUUUCCAAGAUUAUCGAAAUUGAUGCGAACAACAUAAAUAUGUCCGAGAAAAUAGUCUCGUCUGAUAAUUUUAUGUAUGUUCGCAUCGAUAUUAACGGGUACCAGGCGCCAAUACGCAAACUUCAGGCACGCUACAGCUCCAAUGAAGAAUCUCCUUGCCCUAAAGACAUUAACGAACAGUUUGCGGGAUCUGUGGAUACCAACAACCUUCAAUCGAACACAAAUUUCUUUUGUAACUCAAAAUUUUCCUUAAACGGAUUUGAGACUAUAACAUUCAAAAUUAGGGAGCUUCAGGUUACCAGAAAUAGCCCGUUUAAUUACCCAUAUGCAAUUCGUUUCAAAGACGAAAGAAUGCUAAUGCCAUAUAAAACGAUAUUCACGAAUGUUAGUAAUACAUUGGUAUCGUUGUCAUCCAGAGGUGGCAUGCUUUCCAUUUUGCAAAAUGAUGUGGUUAAGAUUGAACGAUUUUCCGCAAAAUUUUAUCGUCAUUCCUGUGGAGGAAGUUUUAAUAUAUUUGAUGAUUUUAAAAUAGUAUUUCCCCCAGACGACUUUGAAUACAAUGGAGAAGGCAAUCCUAUUGAGUGUUCAUGGAUGAUCACAGGCGCUUCUGAAAAUCGCCCAUAUAAACUUUUUGGUAAUGUCAGCCUUAUUAACGAUUGCAAUAAGGAAUACAUUAGCGUUUAUUCCCUUAUGUCGACGGGUCAACCAUUAAUAGCUAAAAUAUGCAACAAUUUAACAGAAAUCGUUGCUGGUAUCGACUUAAAGCAGCAUAUAAUAAAUAUAUUGUAUCAUUCGAGCGAUUAUAAGGCAAGCUCAUCAUCCUUUCAGAUAAGGGCUGAAGCAUCAAUUGCUUGCGGCAUGAAAACGAUGGUUAAGAGUAAUUCCCCAACAAUUUCAGUAAAUUCUAAAAGUUAUCAAAACAACAUAGAAUGCAGUUGGGAGUUUGAAGCAGGGUUAGGACUCUUCAUGUUUGUGGAAUUUACAGGUAGAUUUUUUAUUGAAAAAUCCGAAAAUUGUACAAAAGAUUAUCUUCAAAUAUAUACAUAUGAAAAUGAAGUUUGGCAACCGAAAGAACGAUUUUGUGGGCGAGAAGUUCCAAGCAAGUUUAAUGCAACAUCGAAUCGCAUUCUUAUUGUAUUUCGCACUGAUAAUGCGACUACCGGAGAUGGAUUCACUUUUAGUGUUUUAGCAUCCUGUGUAGCUACUUUCAAUGUUACCGACCAGUUGCAAAUGGUGCAUAUGCCUGAUUUACGAAGCUUACCGUACUCACGACUUCAAUGCAGUUAUACAUUUUUAUCGAACUCCAUAAAUGCAAUAAACUUACUAAUCAAAGAAGGAUCCCUCUCUUAUGCUCGCCGUUCACACUCUCCAGGUUGGCCAUGUUCAUUGGGAACUUUCACGGUAUAUACAAAAGAUACGGAUGGAAAUGAAAUUAAAGCCGGCGAAUAUUGUGGUCCAACUGAGAUAACUGAAAAUCAUUAUUUGCGUUUAACCUCUAACAUGUUCACCGAUUUCUUUUUGAUAGCAUAUCAAUUGAAUACAUGUGGCGGAAAUAUUUCUUCGUAUGCAAUAAUUCGCCCUCUAACAGCACCAAAGGAAGAAGAUAACUUAUACGCGCCCAAUAUGAAUUGCGUCUGGAAUGUAAUGGCACCGACCGAUUACUCCAUAUUGGUACGUUUUAAAUAUUUCGAAAUCGAAGCACAUGACAAAUGCCAAUUUGAUUUUGUCGUAAUCAAUGCAGGCCCGUCUCCAAGAACUGACAAUGAAGUAGUUAAGUUAUGUGGGAAUUUAAGUGCCGACCCUCCUUUGGUUUUAGUCGAUGCUAAUAAGGCUGUUAUAACAGCAGUAUCGGAUUAUAGCAAUGCAAAAAAAGGUUUUGUGGCUGAGGUGAUAUUUGUGCGUAACUGUAACGAACGCAUUGCAUUGACCACCGAGGAGACCAUUUCACAACCUCUUAUAAUGAUUCGAAAUUUUACAGUUGACUCAUACGAGGAAUUACACUGCCAAAUUCGUGUAACCGCGCCAGAAAGUUAUCGCGUAAAAAUUCAAAUGAAAAAUCUAUACAUAAAUCCAGUUGAAUGUGUGGAUAGGAAAUGUGAACAGUGCAAUUACUUAGAAAUCAUUGAAGCCGCGCUAAAAAUGGAUACAUCCAUUUCAAUGGGGAAAUUUUGCACGCCAGAUAGCAUCAAAAGAACAAUUGUAACUUCCAAUGAGCAUGCAUUACUACAAUUUAGUUUUAUUAAGGAGGGAAAUUAUACACUCGAACUUGUUUUGGAAAUAGAAAAGCCUAUAUGUGGCGGACCCAAUGAACUAAACUUGCGGCGUGAAGAGGAUCUAACCAUCACAUUUCCACCUAAUAAUGAGUCCAUUUAUCCUGCUAAUGCUCACUGCCAUUGGCGCAUAAAAUCGGCAACAAGUUUUCAAAUUCAUAUUGAAUAUCUGCUCUUACAGCAGCCGUCACCUGAGACAGGCAAAUGCGUUGACUAUCUUCGGAUAGCCCAAGAUAUGGACGAGGAAACUUAUUGCGGAAAUGCCACGGGAUUUACCAAAUAUGUAACUGCCAUUACUGGAAAUGAAAAUGAUUUUACCGAACUCACUUUUCAUAGUGAUGAUUCCGUAGAAGAUAAAGGCUUUAAAAUAUUAAUCUCCAGUCAACAAACUUGUAAUCGCACUUAUACAAAACUCAGCGGACUUAUUGAUUUCGAAGCAAAUAGGGAAUUAAAUCAAACCUGCUUCCAAAAUAUUGUUUUGCCAGAUAGUUUCAUCAUUAACUUGUAUGUGCUCGUAAUUUCUUCCCAUUUUAUGGAAAGCAAUUGCUCUACUCCUAAUUACCAGAUAACUGACACCUCAGUUAAUAAAACUAUACGGACUCGAUGUAUCUCCUAUUUUUACGAUGAACACCUUCAAACAAACUCUAGCGCAAUUCGCAUAUAUACUAGAAACUUUGAUAAUUUAAAUAUAUUUUACUUCGCCAGUAAAAAAUUUUCCGGCGUAGGUUGCGGCGGUGAGAUACACACAACGAGCGGUGAUAUUUCGAGCCCUUCUUAUGAGCAUCGAAACUUCUCUGAGUGCCGUUGGGAUAUAAGUGUUCCUGAACCAAGUCGAGUGGAAAUAUAUUUUAAAACGUUUGACAUGGGUUCAAAGGUAAACUGUGACUUGGAUUAUGUAAAUGUCAUUGAAAUUUCAUCCGAUGGAGAAGAGAAAGUAGCGAUAAGUAUAUGCGCAAACCAGUACAUGAAUCGGUUCGUUUCAAAAACAAACAGAAUUGCGGUUGUUUCCAAAAAAUCACCAAACUUUAAUGGAAAUGGAUGGACUUUAAACUUCCGCAAGAUAGCUAACUAAUUAAUUAUUGUGAAAUUUUUAUAAAUAAUUUUAAUAAAAUAAGUAUUUAAUUAUCACAGCCGCAGAACUAUAUUAUGAAAUAACCAAAAAAGUUCGUGCUUGUUAUUAUUGAAC